GAAAAAUCCAGGACCAAUGCAUUUGGGAAAAAGCCUAGAUGCACUGGAUCUGGUUGGCUUGGGCAGUAUUUUGACAUUGCUGCUGGGGUAAUAUCUAGGUUGAUGUGCCAUUGGUCUUUGUUUGAUCUUCCAGUUGCCAUUUUGGAUUUAAUUUCCAAGAUUAAUUUGUUUCGUUACAAGGGCAAGACAUCUCUGCCAUAUGAACCUGUUUAUAGUGACCAGCAAGCAAGAUUUCUCUCUGAGUAUAGAUUUGAUGUCUCAAAAUUGGAGCCAGUGGUGGCCAAGCCUCAUUCGCCUGAUAACCGUGCUUUGGCAAGAGAGUGCAAGGAUGUAAAAAUUAACAGAGUAUAUAUAGGAUCUUGCACAGGUGGGAAAACAGAGGAUUUCAUGGCUGCAGCAAAAGUUUUUCUGGCCUCAGGUAAAAAGGUCAAAGUUCCCACGUUUCUUGUGCCUGCUACACAAAAGGUGUGGAUGGACGUGUACACCAUCCCAGUCCCUGGAUCUGGUGGUAAGACUUGCUCUCAGAUAUUUGAAGAAGCUGGGUGUGACACUCCAGCUAGUCCUAGUUGCGGUGCUUGUUUGGGUGGCCCUAAAGAUACCUAUGCACGCAUGAAUGAACCUCAGGUUUGUGUUUCGACUACGAACAGGAACUUCCCAGGUCGAAUGGGACAUAAGGAAGGUCAAAUAUAUUUGGCUUCCCCAUAUACAGCUGCUGCAUCUGCAUUGACUGGUUAUGUUACUGACCCUAGAGAGUUCUUGCAGUAG